AUGGAACCUAUCACCGUUUCAAGGCUCAGAUUUGACGUGUUUCUAAGUUUCCGAGGCCAAGACACUGGCCAAAACACCACAAGGCGUCUCUAUGAGACGCUCAACAACAAGGAAAACGUCCGGGUUUUCUGCGGUAACGACGGUAUGAAACGUGGGGACGAGAUCAGUACAAGUCUUGAGGCAGCAAUGGAGGACUCGGCGACCUCUGUCAUCGUCUUAUCCCGGAACUACGCUAACUCUCACUGGGGCCUAGAUGAACUAGCUAUGCUCUGCGAUCUGAGAGCAUCUCUGAAUCGUCCGAUCAUACCCAUCUUUUAUAUGGUCGAUCCACGGCAUUUUAGAACACAGAAUGGUACUUUCGAGGUGGAUUUUGAAGAGCACUCGAAAAGUUUUAGCGAAGAGAAGAUACAGAAAUGGAGGAGAGCCAUGAAUCUAGUUGGAAAUAUCUCUGGAUUUGUUUACAGGUAUGACUACAAUAUGGCAAUAUCUUUAUAA